CUUAAAAGGUAAAGUGUCUAAGUAUUUUACGUUACUUAAACUUUCUACAAAGUUGACACAAAAUAAUACAAAGCAAGAGGUUAUAAUUUUGUGAAAUAAAAAGGAUAAUGUUACUCUCAUGAGUGAAUAUUGAAAUUAUUUCAAAUAGUAUUUUGGAAGUAUUUAAAAGCAGUUUAAGUGAUAAACCUUUUCAAGCUUCUAUCAAAUAACAAUCCAAUAUUCAGAAACCUUAUCUUAUAAAAAAUAUGUUAUAUUGCUUUAAUGAAUAAAAUUAUUAUAAAAAUGAUAGCAACCAAUGUAUUUUGCAUUUGAUGUUUGUAUCAAGAACGUAUUUAGAACGUAUUUAGAACGCAUUUAGAUCUCUGUUUGUAAAUCUACAUUGAAAUACAGAAAGUUGAAAUGUUAAAUAGCACAAACACAUUUAACAACAGUAGUUUGUCUACAAACGUUAAAACUUUAGUAACCCAUUUAUCUUUUAUUUUAAUUAUCAACUGUCCAAUAGGAAUAGUUUUACACAUUAAUGGUCUUUACUUGCUCAUCAAAAACAAAGUCCGCAGAAUACAUAAAAUUGAUCGAGUUAUCGUAAUCAACUUAUCUCUCGCAGAAGUGUUAACAAAUGCAAUUCUGUUUAUAUUUGGAAUAUUGGACUUUGCUGAAAAGAAUAUAAAAAAAUGGAUGCUAAUGGUUAUGAGAACUUUUAUAUUUGCUUAUUACAUAACAACUGUUAUAUUAACGUUGAAUCGUUUCCUUAUUCUUUAUUUGCAUGUAAGAUAUUAUGCCAUAAUCUCUAAGAAAAGAGCUAUUUAUUGUUUACUUGUUUCUUGGAUAUGCAGUGUAAUUUUUGGAUAUAUUACAACAUAUAAAAUAACUAAUAGGAAAGUAUUUAUAGCAAGUGACGUAUUUUUCGAUACAUUUAUAACACUGUUUUACCUUUUUGUUUACGGAUAUGCAAUGAAAUUGUCAAGAAAUAUGUCAAAAAAUAAAUCGCUCAUACAAGAACAAAAAUCAUUUUCGAGGACGUUAAUACUACCUGCUUUAUAUGUUACAACAUACGUCAUAUUUACUGGCAUUCCACAUUUUAUUUUUGCACCAUACCAUUUAUUACGCAAACCAAUAAAUAAAAAACUUAAAUUAGUUUUAGACAUUUUCUUUUCGUUAUCUUUUUGGAAUGACGCUGUUAUAUACAUUUAUACAAAAAAAUUUCAUAAGUUUAUAAGCAAACAUAGUUACAAUAAUCACCAUAAGAUUUUGUCUACCGUUGAUCAAAGUACGUUUACCGCUAAUCAAAGUAUGUCUAACAUUAAUCAAAGGAAUAAUAGGAUUUAUCAAAGCAGGUCUACCGUUACUAUGCAGAAACAAACAAGUAACAUAUCACAAACCUUUUUUGGAAGAGCGCUUUCAGCUAAAAAAUCCCAAAAUAGUAUAUAAUAGAAAGCGCUUUUGUAGCGUAUGUUUAUCGAAAUA